AUGUCACAGACUUGUCGCCUGUUACACACCAUAGUCAGCCCUCAGCUCCACUUAAGAUUUGCGAAUAAUUGUGAACCCAAUAUUCUGCGCCUUGUGAAGACCGGCAAUUCAGAUGCCCUACGCAAGCUGUUGUCUGCUGGUUACAAAUUAUUUGAUUUUAUGGAAACACCGCGACUUUGGUGGAAGGAAUAUUUUGAUGGUGACACCUACAUGGAAACGAAACUGAAAUCGAGGUCCCCCAUGAUGAUCGCGGCAGCACAUGGUCAUUUGGAGAUUCUUCAAAUGUUUAUUGACACUCUGCCUUCAACCAUCACAAGGCUUACUUAUCGAUCCUGGCAUCUUCUAAGCUGCGCGGCUCUGCAUGGUCAGUUGGAUGUAGUGAAGUUCCUAAUAGGUCAAGGUGUCCCAGUGGACUAUACUGACCGGCUGGGGACCACUCGGACGACACUCCAAUAUGCGGUUACGGGAGGCCAUUUUCCAGUGGUUAAGUAUAUAGUUGAGAAUACCGCAUGCGAAGAUCAACUACAAGAUUCGGCAGUUGAUCUUCUUUGUUGUGCAACAAACGCAGGUCAUUUGGAGAUUGUUAAAUACCUGGUCAAAUGUGGUGCUGACUUUACCUAUCCACCUUGGGGCUAUCCAAUCAUCAAAUAUAGCCCGAGUUCAGCUUUUGACACUGCCAUCCAACAAGGCUACGAAGACAUAGUAUCAUUUUUCCUAGACAAUGUACCUCCCAAAUUCUUGGAUGAUAUGAGCAUCAGCGACUGGAAAUCAGUGUUGAACCCUUGUGACCGCGAUGAAGGUGUACUAUAUUAUGGGCUAUCUACAUGCAGAAAACCAAAGAUUGCCCAGAUGAUAUUUGACCGAAUCGAUCUGGAAACAAAACUCGCAACUACUACUCCAAUUGAGCAAGCUUAUCUGCUUGCUGUGGCAGCAGAGACUGGAAACGUGUCUCUUACUCGACAACUACUCGAUAAGGGGGGUAGGCCUGUCUCGUCCCAAACACAGCUCCACCGCAAAACUUUUAAAUCAUCACCCAACCUGUGGGCUUCAAAUGCCGAAAACUUUUGCGGAGGUACUGUUUGUCAUGACGCGAUCACAAUCAAUGCAAGCCACACACCCGUGGUCUGUGCAAUGAAUAACGGGCAUGCCGAAAUAAUGGAGACUUUUCUUCGUUGCCCAGAUUAUCCGGUCUCCAGAUUGGAUGUGGCCUCUGCGGCACACAAAGGAGAAGAAGCAAUUGUGCUCAGGCUUCUCGACAAAGCUGGAAAAAGGCGUUUCAAGGGUCUGGCCACAGCUGCAUUGUAUGCAACUUCCUAUCUAGACAAGUUUAUACCCGCGAUGGAAAGUAUUUUCGAUGUUCUCACCACCCAAGAUGUGAAGAUUGUGAUUUCGAUGUUGAUAAGCUCCACUGGUCCUCAAGCUUCGCGUGUAGGCCACUUGGAAGCUACAAAGUUCUUAAUUGAGAAAGGGGGCAAGCGACCAUUCGAUGAGAUACCCUCCUGCUUUGGCUACUUUGAACGACGUUGGAGAGAACCUACUUCGUUCCUGGAGCACGCGGCGGCCGCUUGCCCAGUUACUCAGUUCCGAGCAGUACUUGCGCAAUGGAACUUGGAACUGGAUCCAGGCAACGACUAUUGCAAAGCUGCACUUGCCGCCGCUGCCCUCCAUAAAAAAGCAGAAACAAUUCAGGUAUUUAUUGAGAGAGGGUUUGAUGUCAAUUCCACAUAUUUACACCGCGGGAAGCUCUCGCCGUUGCUACAUCUAGUUUUGCAACCACUGAAACAUGAGGACGGCCGGGUCGUUGACAUAGACGACGAUGAACGCAUGAGGAUACGACAGUUGUAUCACCCUAAUGGACACCCAUGGUUGGACCACGUACACCCACGCGCAUCCAUACAGUUGCUCAUCGAGCAUGGUGCCGAUAUCAAUCAAGUGGACUCACACGGCCGAACUGCUUUGUUUUUAACUACAGAAAGAAGGACACUUGGCUUGACUGAGGAAUUGCUCAGGCUGGGAGCCAACCCCGUACUCAAGAGCCCGGGAAAGGUAAGCCCUCUCGAGCUGGCUAUUUCCCAAGGCCAGGCAAAAUACGUGAAAGCCUUUUUGAAGGCCAUUGAGACUCGUUCUUUCGCCUGUGCCAACUUUGUCAGCCUCAUCCCUGACGUUCUGCCGGUGGAGACGCUGCCAAACAGAGCUUCUGGUGAACAGUUUUCUGUCUCUUCGAGAAAUCGACUGUCGCAAUAUCGAAUGCUUGCUCGAGAUGGCCAGAUGGGACCUACCAAAACCUUUCCACGUCCGUGUGGAGACAUAGACAGGCGAGGCAGCACGAGUUCGGAAGACAUAAGCACAGAUGAGGAGAUCUGGCAGGUGGUUUCUCAACAUUCAGAAGAUAACUUCAUAUCAAUUUGGUCUGCAACCGAGGACGAUGACUGCAUUAGUGACCUACGCUGGGUGCGGUUCUUUAUUGCAAAGGCCAUGACUCAACAUCACUGGCGAAUGAUGUACCCAGUACCAGUUUAG